UAUUGUUCUUUAUAUAAAACACAACAAAAUAUAGGUUUAGGUAUUUGAAUUACCCUAUACAGUUGAUUAUAUUUUCUAAGUGUUAUCGCUUUGCUAUUUCCUCAACAAACGAAUUAAUUGUUCGGUUAGUUUUCUUCUAACCGCGAAUUUACUUCGAUCAUAUUCACAUAAAGUCAGUGAACAUUUAAAUUUAAAAAAAAAUUCUACAAAAUUUAGAAAAUAUUCUCAAAUAUUUCAAUCAUUUUUUCCCAAAAUUAAGUAGAUAUUUGCCUUUUGAGAUCUCGGAUUUGCAUUAAAUAAUAAAUGAUUAUCUAGUGUUAAGAUUCAUCUAUUUUUUACUGAAAAAUACUAUACUUGAAAGAUGACUCUUUUUUUGCAAACUUCAAAAUUGCAAAUAGAAGAAAGCAUACCCGAAGAACAGGAAGAAGACUUAAGAAGGGAGUUAGAAGAAGAAUUGAAAGAGAAUAAUAAAUCGAAUGAGCGUGCUCUGGAGGUAUGCGAGUUCGAUAGCAUACCGGCAUCUCCGACGAUGAGGGGAAGACAUUUGAGCAAAUCCACUUCGGAGCUGAGCAACCCGAGGGAACCCGAUGAGUACCGAUCUCAAUCGGCGGUACUGCCGGAAUCCUCGCACGUUUCGGUUUACCAAAAAGCGCACAGUUUUCUAGCACAAAUCAAGAACCGACUGGGGCACUCGAGCAAGCGCGAUCGCAGGAAGUCUCCCGGCCGGCAGGACAGCACCGAUUACGCUGCUGAUCUCAGCAGCGAUCACAGUACCCCCAGUACUCAGAGCCCCAAGCAUCGGGCCCACAGCAGGACAGACUCUCCCUUGAGCAAAGCGAUAGGAGGUACAGCAGGGGGCGAUACAAGUUCACCCGGUGGAUCCCCCAGGCCCAGGGCGCCCCCUCCCGGAGCCGUGGCUGGACUAGAUUUACUUCCUUUAACUUCGAACGAUGAAGUCAGCAGGAGAAGGGAGAUGGCCCUGCGGCAACACUCCUUUUUUCAACUGCGUAUUCACCUGCGAAGAGGCCAGAACUUGGCGGUUAUGGAUAAAAAUGGUUUGAGCGAUCCAUAUGUGAAAUUCAAAUGUGGAGGUCGAUUGGUUUAUAAAUCCAGGACAGUUUAUAGGGACUUGAAUCCAGUAUGGGACGAGAGUUUCACUGUGCCUAUAGAGGACCCGUUCAUUCCUAUUAGUAUUAAAGUUUUCGAUUACGAUUGGGGUUUACAGGACGAUUUUAUGGGAUCAGCAUCAUUGGAUCUCAGCACGUUAGAUCUAUCGAAGACUAUAGACUUAGCACUUCCUCUGCAGGAUCCUUCGAAACCAGAAGCAUCCUUAGGAGAAAUCCUUUUGGCUGUGACGCUGUACCCUAAAACCCAAGAGGACAAAGAACAGAAGACAAGCCGAACUCAGGACGUUAACAAAAGACUCAAAUCUCAAAUAUGGAGUUCGGUUGUUACCAUAGUUUUAGUAGAAGGUAAAAAUCUCCUGCCCUGCGAUCCCGAAACAGCAACUUCAGAUCCUUAUUGUAAAUUUAGAUUAGGCAACGAAAAAUACAAAAGCCGAGUGAUAUGGAGAUCGUUGAAUCCGAGAUGGUUGGAGCAAUUAGACCUGCAUUUAUACGACGACGGAGACCAACAACUAGAAAUCACCGUGUGGGAUAAGGAUAGAACCAGAGAUGAUUUCAUAGGAAGGUGCUUGAUUAAUCUGAGCGCAUUCGAACGCGAGAAAACCCACAACAUUUGGCAGGAACUGGAAGAAGGCGCCGGUUCUUUGCAUUUGCUGCUCACGAUUAGCGGAACAACAGCAUCGGAAACGAUUUCUGAUUUGACGACGCACGAGGAGAACGAAAGGGAGAAACAGAACAUCCUCGACAGAUAUUCUUGGCAUCGGACUUUCCACAACAUCAAAGACGUCGGACAUCUCACUGUUAAAGUUUACAAAGCACAAGGUUUAGCCUCGGCUGAUCUUGGAGGUAAAAGCGAUCCGUUUUGUGUGCUCGAAUUAGGUAAUGCUCGAUUACAAACCCAAACCGAAUACAAAACUUUAACCCCCUGUUGGAACAAAAUAUUCACCUUCAACGUCAAAGACAUCAACAACGUCCUCGAAGUGACCGUUUUCGACGAAGACAGGGACCACAAAGUCGAAUUUUUAGGUAAAAUCGCCAUACCUCUGCUGAGGAUUCGCAACGGCGAGAAACGUUGGUACGCCCUGAAAGACAAGAAACUGCGGUCGAGGGCCAAAGGCAACGGGCCCCAAAUCCUCCUCGAGAUGGCCAUCGUUUGGAACCCCAUCAGGGCCUGCAUCAGAACCCUCAAUCCCAAAGAAGAAAAGUACAUGCAGACCGAGAUGAAGUUCAAGCGGCAGGUCUUCGUCAAGAACGUUCUGAGGCUCAAAGUGUUCGUCAUGUACUUCCUCGAAUACGGGAAAAUGUUCCAAAACUGCUUCGAAUGGGAAUCGAAAAUCCAAAGUUUCGCCGCUUUGGUUGUUUGGUUGAUACUUUGCUACUAUUUCCAACCGUGGAUGUUCCCUCUGUUUGUUCUAUUGAUAUUUUUCAAACAAUACAUGGUGAAGUCUUUAUCGGCGCCUCUGCAGGUGUCCUGGGACGAAACGCAGGAUUCGGAUUUGGACGAUGACGAUGAUGAAGAUAAAGAGAAGGAGGAGAAGAAGAGUUUGAAGGAAAGACUCCAAGCUAUACAGGAGGUCACCCAAGGGGUGCAAAAUGCUAUCGGACGAAUUGCUUCCCUUCUCGAAGGGGUGAAGAAUAUGUUCAAUUUCACGAUUCCUUAUUUAUCGUGCAUAGCGAUUUUCCUGCUGACAGUGGCGACUGUGGUGUUGUAUAUAUUACCUGUAAGGUAUUUAUUGAUGCUCUGGGGGCUGAAUAAAUUCUUCAGGAGGAUCCUGAGGCCCCAUUCGGUGCCGAAUAACGAGUUGCUCGAUCUUUUGUCCAGAAUACCCGACGAUGAGAUGUUGGUGAGUGAAUUUUCUGUUGUUGUUUUUCCAUCGCUUUCGAUAAUAUAUAACCGUUUUGCACUGAAGGAGGAAAAUCAUUGUACUAGAUUUUUGGUAGAGGAUAAUGUGAAAAAUGUAAAUUUUAAGUGGUAUAAUGAUUUUUUUUUGUUCGGAAAAAUAUAGGUCUGCUCGUGUCACGGAAACAUUUUAACAAUGGUAAAGGGACGUGCUGUAAUAAUAUUCUUCUUUUUUCUACAUUUCGAGUUUAUAAAUUAGAUUGAGUAAGUUAUUUAGUAGAAAGUAUUGGAAGUAUUACUCACGGUAAUGGUGAAGGACUAUCAUUUUCAUACUGGUAAUUUGUAGUUAUUGGAGAAAAUAGGAUUUUUUAUCGAUGCUUCGAUUUGUUAUAUUUUAAUUGCUUCAACAGUUAUCUUCUAAAUUUCCACUCCAAGUUUGUAGAUUUGGGUUUGAUGGUUGGGAAAAUCGUUUUCUUUGGAAAAUUGCAUGCAUAGAGGUAUAUGGAGGUUGGGUAAUUAAUUGGAAUUAAAAUUUUCUAAUAAUACUACAAUUUCUAAUCAUCAAGUAUUAAUUUGUUAACAAAAUAACUCAUUUGUUAACGAAUUUUUUCGUAUGAUGUAUACAGUGAGGACCAAAAGUCCAUCGCCCUCCCUUUAACUUUUGAAUGGUAAGAACUUUUGUCGCGAAAUUUGGGGUGUUUAUAUUGGAGUAAAAAUACUAUUUUUUGACGUAAAAAUGACAGUUGAAACUUUCAAAAUGACAGUUAGGCGCCAUUUUGAAUCUUUUUUUCUUAUGGAAAGGGGGGGUCAAGUGACAAUGGCUCGUCCUUUAAACGAAAAAACUGUCAAUUUCAUCAACUUUAAAUUUGACAAAUAAAUGUCAGAGCCAAGAAACCAUAGCAACAAAUAAUUGACACAUUUUAUAGUACGUUCAUAAUUAAUUUUUAAAUGUAUCAAUAUGCUCGGGGGUUAAAACUAAAUUGGUAUUCACGUGAAUACGCGUUAUUAAAAUGUUUUCAAAUUUGGGAGUUGACUUAAGAAUGAAAUUACCUUUAAAACGAGGUGUCACUUGACCCCCCUAUAAGAAAAAAAUAUUCAAAACGGCGUCUAACUGUCAUUUUGAAAGUUUCAACUGUCAUUUUUACGUCAAAAAAUAGUAUUUUUACUCCGAGAUAAACACCCCAAAUUUCGCGGGCCCAAAUUAAUUCAAAAAUUAAAGAGGGGACGACUGAAAAGAAAAAAAAAAAAAAAAAAAAAAAAAAAAAAAAAAAUAGUCCCUUCGCCAUCCAACCAGUAAAUUAAACUAGGCCAAAAAUGACACCUGCAGACUUACAUAAAAUUACUGGCCUCCGGCCUAUCGACGCACCUGGGUCGCUUGACCGUUAUUCGGGGCUACUUGCAGCUGGAUUACAAGGACCUGAAGCUGCUGAUGAGCACCGACAGCGAGCGAGAGCGAAGGCGGGAGCCCAAAAAGAAGCUGAAGGCUUCCUAGUGGUCGCUGAUGUCGAACGUCAAGGACAGGUGGAAAGUGCGCUUUGAAAAAAUCAAUGAAAAGUCUGAUUAGUCCCUUCGAUAGAUUUAGAAUUUUAUGUUGAUGGUAGAUGGUUGUGUAGUCACUUUUUUUUUAUUAUUUUUAGUGUUAAAAUUAGGGUGUACUGAUGCGAGGAUUUUAAAUUUGUAAAUUUGUAAUAUAUACUGUUAGAAUUUAAUGCAAUCCUUACAGAAAAUACUUAUAAAAUCAAUUAUCUGAAGAAUUUGUACAUAAAUUUAAUCAUCGAGUUUAGGACAUUAAUUAAAUUUUAUGAUCGUUUAGAGUAAAAUAUAUUUUUGUUAUCUACAAUAAUUUUAAUAUUGAAUCGCUACGUUUGUUAAUUGUUUCAAUAUUUUUUCUUCUCUUUUGUUAAUUUUUUUAUAAAAAUACUUUACAAGUAAAAUUUAAAACUUAUCAAAUUAUAGAUAGGUAAAAAAAUGUUUUUUUUAAUGUAAAGAUAAUAAUAAUUAAGUAUUUACUUAGGUAUAGUAAUUCUUGCCAGUAACCAUUGCAAUUUUAAAGUGUUGUGAUAACUACAUAAAUUAUUUUGUAAAUUUAGAGCAUAAAUGAAAAUGUGAGCUGUAAAAAGUUAUCUAAGAGUUUUAGGUAAUUUGUAGGCUACAAUUUUAUUGUUGUUUGAUUUAUCGAAAAUGUGUUAUUUCGUAAUUUUUGAUCGAAAUUACGAUUAUUGCCUAUUGAUAAAAUCGAUUUUUUCCGAAUUAUUGUGAUUAAAUUUAGCUACUUCGCACUUAUUGUUUGUUGCACAAAUUUUUCAAUUCAAUCAUUAGCUACUACUUUAUAAGCUGAUACUUAUAUAAAUUAAAAUGAUAAAUAAAAAAAAUUAUUUAAGGUUUUAGAUACUCUAGUAGUUAGAUGAUAGAUGGAUACAUAUUAUAUCUAUUUAUUGUUUUUUUUUAUAGAGAUAAUCAAGCGACAAUUACAUUAAAAAUUUAAGUAAAAUUUAUUUCAAUCUAUAAGAUGUAAAAUUCACCGUACGAAUUUUUGUCACAUUACGCAAAUCAUUCUGCUCCGUGUUAAAAAUAUUUAAGAAUAAUAAAAUGUAAAAAAAAUUUAUAUUUCUAUUUUUAUUAAAAUUGUAUUUGAA